AUGGCUUCUAAAGAUGAAAUUCACGAAGGAAAGAAGAAGCGUUUAUUAAAGGGAGAAAUACCUCCUGGUUUGACUGAGCCUAAAAAGCACAAGCUUGACUUGCUUAAUAAGCCGGAUGUUCAGAUCCCAGGCUCAGAAGAAGAGGAAGCUCUGCAGUCAAAUCCAUUGGCUGACCUCCAGUCUUUUCAAGCGUCAUGUGACUUCCUGAAAAGUGCGAUCAAGGAGAUCAAAGAGUUGAAGAAGAAAAACACUGAUAGCUCUGCAGAAAUCACUUCUAUCAGAACAGAUGCCACAAUUCAUUUCAUUCACAUGAAGAAAUUGAACAGACUGGCUCAUUUUCGGUGUAGAAAAGUUCGCGAUAUCACUAAUGAGGCCAAGUACAAGAUUGACCAGUGUCACCUGCAGCUUCAGAACCUGCUGUACGAGGCCAUGCAUUUGGAGAAGGAGAUCACAAAAUGCAUGGAAUUUAAGUCCAAGGAUGAAGAGAUUGAACUGGUUCCUCUAGAGGAGUUUUACAAAAGUGCACCAGAUUCUGUUUCUAAACCAGAUGUGACUAGAAAGGAUGUUCAUCAGCAGAUGCUGUCUCGCCUGGAGUGGGAGCUGGAGCAGCGCAAGCAACUGGCUAUCAAGUUAUCUGAGACCAAAUCUGAAAAGGAGAAAAUAGCCCAGGAGAUCCAAUCCAAACAAGACUAUCUGGACACCUUACAGCCCAAACUGGCAGCUAUUCUCCAGGCAACUCGACCAGUCCAGGACUACCUGGACAUGCCCUACGACAGCAUCAUGGAGGAGCACCAGAAGGCCCAGCAUCUUCCGGUACCACUGUAUGUCUUGUACAUGCAGACUUCAGCGUACAAGGAGGCUUGCGACAAGAGCCUGAAGGUGUCCAUUGUGGGAGAUGUGGAUGCUGCCAAGUCGCUAAUCACGUUUACUUUUGAGCCAGAUGAAGAAUCAGACAGCGACCAGGAGGAACAAGAAAAGGCAGAUUCUAAGCGGCGCAAGAAGUCAACUGAAGUGAGGAACCUCGAGACAAAGAAUAGAAUACUAAAGAAGCAUCCUCUGUCUGUGGUUUUGGAUAUUACUAGCAAAGAUGGCGCAGAUCUACAGCUGACAUUUUGUUAUCUGCUGGCCUUGAACAUUAUCACUGUUAGUGUCAAGGUCACGCAGGAUCCUAGUAUUACAACUACUUCCAUCAGUGGCGGGGACCUGCUGUCUCCAGACCUGAUAUUGGAUGAGAUUUAUCCAAAUGACCAUGGUAAUGACUCCCCAAACGUGGCCAACCACUAUGAGCUGAAAAAACAUGGCCUGCAGGAACUGACCAGCUACAUUCCUGUCAUUGGGCAUCCUUACUUGUGGUGCCAGUGGAUGGGGGGUCUGCAGUUCCUCAACAGGGACCUGGACAAGGAGGACAGCGCUGGCAGAACUGACAGAGAUGAGGAGAAUAACUUAGCAGUGUCCAGGAUCGCGGCUGUGAGGGCUAAGCAUAGCAUCAGUGCUGCUAACAUGCAGAAGACAAUCUCUUUGCUUCGGGAGCGAAUGAAGGCUCGAAUCUGUUUGCUGCAAAUGCUGUUGUCUCUAGAAAGAGGCAUCAUCCCCCUGUCAGCUGACUCCAUGAAGAUGUUCCCAGCGAAGAUCAAUGCCCAGCUGACCUCCUGGAAGCGUUCUACUUUCUCAGACAUCCAGGUCCUCCCCCACGCUGAACGGUUCAUUAAGGCUGGCGUGAUCAGGGAGUCGGAUCUGAUUUUUACGGCUGUGAUGGAGCGAGGUUCGGCCAGGAUGACUGCCUAUGUGGUCCUGACAGCAGACUGUCCGCGGGUUCCACCACUGUUUGUUGUUGAUAUUAUGUGGCAGGCUCUGCGAACAGCCCUUACUGAUAUUCACAUCAUGGAAAUGGAAGAAGAGGUGAAUCUACAUUUUAAGGAGCUUCUGCGAGGCAAAUCACAUGACCACCUCCUGGCCAAUCAGCUUCAGAGGCUACUUAUGUGUUUUGACGUAUACCUGGAAACAGAUACGCCAGCAUCUUCAUUGGUUCCUGUGGAGAUCCCAAAGGAGAAGAUGAUGCCAAGGAUCUGUAGGGGACCAGCUCGCUCCAAGCCCUACAAAUAUGUACCAGAGUUAGGAAUCUUUACACACAGAUGUUAG